AUGGAUACCAGCGCGCACAAUAAUUCCUCUCCUAUGGCGGCAUCUUCGGAAAAACUGCUCUCGCUCGUCGAACAGAUCAAACAAUCCAUCCUCUGCGAGAAUGGCCCCUCGCCGCAAACCCACUCCCACCUCCUAGGGCUGAUCGACCAGCUGCGAGGCGCCGUCGAGACGCCCACAGAGACAAUACUGAGGCUGAUAUACCAGCCGCCGCAGAAUGCAGCUCUGCGAACUGUGGUGGACAUGGGAAUCUUCCCCCUCUUGGUUGAUAGUGGUGAGACAGGGGUCUCGGCUGGGGAGUUGGCGAAGCGUAUCGGUGCCGAAAAGGAAUUGAUUGUCCGGUUGAUGCGAAUUGUCUCUGCGCUGGGCCUCUGUUCAAAUCCAGAGCUGGAGGUAUACCGCCCAACUGAUAAGACGGCUAUCAUGACUGGCGCCACAGGGCGAGAUGGUGUUUCCUGCCUAUACGAUUUAACCCUCCCCACGCUAGCCAAGCUGCCCGACUAUUUCCGGGAGCAUGGAUAUGCCUGUCCGCAAGAUUAUGACCGCUCUCCUAUGCAGUGGGCUGUCGGACAGAGUCAGUUCGAGUGGCUGGCAGACCGACCGCAGCAUCAGAGCCUUUUCAACUCGUAUAUGGCCAGUCGGCGGCAUGGAAAGCCGAGCUGGUUUGACGUGUACCCCGUGCAGCGAUUGAUGGAGGACGCACGCUCAGACGAAGGGAGUGUGUUGCUGGUGGAUAUUGGCGGGAAUCAGGGGCAUGAUCUGAUCAAAUUCCAGAAGCGAUUCGGCUCGAAGGCUGGGCGGUUGGUAUUGCAGGAUCUACCGGGCAUAGCUGUCUGCUCGCAUCCGGGAAUCGAGGUGAUGGAAUAUAGCUUCUUUGAUCCGCAGCCUAUCUACGAUGCCCGCAUAUACUAUUUCCGCGCCAUCUUCCAUGACUGGCCCGAUCAUAUCUGCCGUGCCAUACUCCGCAACACGGUCUCUGCCAUGGAUGCAGAGUACUCACGGAUCAUCAUCGCUGAUUUCGUGCUGCCGGAUACGAACGCCUCCCUACUGCAAGCUUCAAUGGAUAUCCAGAUGAUGAGCAUUGGAGCUGGUGUCGAGAGAUCUGAAAGGCAGUGGAGGGAGUUGUUGCACAGUGUGGGACUGGAGAUCAGGGAGAUUAGGGGAGGUAGUCCCGGCAUGGAGUCAGUCAUUGAAGCUGCUGUGGUAAAUCCAAAAUUGGAAAAGCUAUGA